GCAGGUAAUAGUGUAAUCGAUUAAUUCGAAAAUAAAUGAAAAUAAAGAGUGUAGUUUGCAAAAGAGAAGAAAAGAAAAGAAAGGUGGAAAUUGAAGAAGCAAGCAGUGGAAGCUGAGAGAGAGAGAGAGAGAGAGAGAGAGAUGUCUGACCUAGACAGACAAAUAGAACAGCUGAAGAGAUGCGAACCUCUCAAAGAGUCAGAAGUUAAAGCUCUCUGCCUCAAAGCCAUCGAAAUCCUCGUUGAAGAAAGCAAUGUUCAAAGAGUCGACGCCCCUGUCACCAUAUGUGGGGAUAUUCAUGGACAGUUUUAUGACAUGAAAGAGCUUUUUAAAGUAGGAGGUGAUUGCCCCAAAACUAACUAUUUGUUCCUUGGGGAUUUUGUUGAUAGAGGAUUUUACUCCGUUGAAACCUUUCUGCUUUUGCUUGCUCUCAAGGUGAGGUAUCCAGAUCGGAUAACACUCAUCAGGGGAAACCAUGAAAGUCGUCAGAUCACACAGGUAUAUGGUUUCUAUGACGAGUGCCUUCGGAAAUAUGGUUCAGUAAAUGUUUGGAGAUAUUGUACUGACAUAUUCGAUUAUUUAAGUUUGUCUGCUCUAAUUGAAAACAAGAUUUUCAGUGUUCAUGGUGGUCUUUCUCCUGCCAUUUCAACAUUGGAUCAGAUACGAACUAUUGAUAGAAAGCAAGAGGUACCUCACGACGGUGCCAUGUGUGACCUCUUAUGGUCAGAUCCUGAAGAUAUUGUGGAUGGAUGGGGUUUGAGUCCCCGUGGUGCUGGUUUCUUGUUUGGUGGUAGUGUUGUUACUUCUUUUAACCACUCCAAUAACAUUGAUUAUAUAUGUCGAGCUCAUCAGUUGGUAAUGGAAGGAUAUAAAUGGAUGUUCAAUAACCAGAUAGUUACUGUCUGGUCAGCUCCAAAUUAUUGCUACAGAUGUGGUAAUGUAGCUGCAAUUCUGGAGUUAGAUGGUAAUCUCAAUAAGCAGUUUCGUGUGUUUGAUGCUGCCCCACAGGAAUCAAGAGGGGCACCUGCCAAGAAACCAGCUCCAGAUUACUUCCUAUAAAGCAGUUUUCUUUGUUUCUGUAUCCAAAUACUCGAAUUGAUGAAUAGGAGCUUGAAUCGAGAAGAUGUCUGAAACGGGAGGAAUCAGUGAAUCAAUUGUCCGUUAUGGAGGCAGGAGUCUAGCAUAGCAUCUGCCUACUUCAUUCAUCGAUAUUAUUGUAGCAGUGGUGUGAAUUAGUAUGUGAUUUGGCAAUAUAUGGUUCUUACCUCUGUUCAUUUAAAAGGCAUGAUGGAUAGAUGGUUUAGAAGGAAAAUGACAUUUGCAUAUAUGAGAACUUGAUUAGGAAGAAUUGGAUUGUAUCAGGGAAUAUUGGGAGCCAUAUAAAUCUGUGGAAAAAACCCACUAUUCAAGUUUUGAUAUUCGUUUGGGCCAUAAAAGUUUAUGUUCUGCUAUUUAUGUAGCAUGUGUGUUAUUGGAAUCGUGCAUUUCCUGAA